AUUUUGGAAACAGCUGUUUGAAGACGUCACCUCUGCUGAGCUCGGCGGGGAGCCUUCAGCGGGCUGAAGACCUGCUGGUGGAGCUGAAGUCCUCCUGGUGGAGCAGUCUUGUGUCUCGUUAGCGGCGGAUCUGGAAAACAAAGGGAGCCAUUAAUGCCAUUUGGACAUUGUAACAGGUGGAUAACAAGAUCCUUCCGAAUUAAGGUGUUAUGAGAGCGCUGGUCAUGGCCAGAUGAUGGACGUGGAGACGUCUUACUCAGACUUCAUCACCUGCGAUCGCACCGGCCGCAGGAACGCCGUGCCUGACAUCGCAGGGGAGGGCGGGGCUGCAGCCGGCAGCACUAGCGAACUGACCAAAGACAUGGCCCACAUGGACCUAAAGAACCCUGAAGGCGCCGUGGGGCCCCCCCCUGCACCACAGGGAGAAGGCUCCCCCAGCCAGAAGGCCCAAGAACCCACGGGGCCCACCUGAGGCCCUCCAUGGCCGUCGGGAGGGGGCGCAGAGAAGGAGAGGGACAUGGCACGACCCAAGGACAGAGACUCUUUACUACUCACCGUCCACCGGCUUGUGCAGCGAGCGUGUGUGUGUGUGUGUGUGUGUGUGUGUGUGUGUGUGUGUGUGUGUGUGUGUGUGUGUGUGUGUGUGUGUGUGUGUGUGUGUGUGUGUGUGUGUGUGUGUGUGUGUGUGUGUGUGUGUGGAGAGACACUUGCCAGGUAUUUUUGACUCCUGCAGUGAGGUUAUAACGUGGAUGGCCGUUUAGGAGAAAGCACAGGAACUUAUCAGACUUUAAGACCUGUGUGUGUGCCCAGAGUGAUAUUUAUGACAACACUUUAAAAGGUCCAAGCAGCCUCUGUGGAUCAUGAACGUCAUAACCUCCAUCAUAUUAUUACUCAAUGUUUGUUGUUUUAGUUAAGUUGUGUUCUUGUACAAUUGUAAUCAUUUUUCUCUCAGUAAGCAUAACACUUAACAUUGUACUGUACCAUACCACGUUCAUAUUUAUUGCAAGAUGUUCAGCGAUAUCUUUGUAAUAGGAUUUUUCUUUGUCAAAUAAAAUAAUAAACCCAAAUGUAUAA